GAGCUGGACUGAUGCAGACACUCUGGGCUCAGAGUGGAGAAGAUUUGUGCAAACAUUCCCUCACUGUCUGCUGUCUGAGGAGGAAUGUGAGAGGAGGCUGCCUGUGGUACAUCUUGGACGGCGAGAGAAAUGUGUCCGCACUUGUGAAAGUACAGCCAGGAAGAUGAGGUUGGGACGGAGCAGGGCAGGGUUUGCAAGAAGACAAACGGGGCCCCAGCCCGGAGUCCACCCAAAGCUCACGGGUACCCCAGCGGCCUUGGGGACCAAGUCUGUCCCUUUCCACAGGAAGCUCUCUCUCUGUGCCCCUGCAAGGCCCUUCCUCAUUCUGCUGCUUCUGGUUUCCAUCCAGCAAGUCACAGGGUCUCUCCUGGAGAAGACAGUUCAGAAGUGGUCUCAGUAUAGAGAAAAUUGUCUGAGAGAUUUACGCAAUGAAGCUUCUGGUGUGUUUUGUAAUGGGACCUUUGAUCAGUAUGUGUGCUGGCCUCAUUCCUCUCCAGGUGAUGUCUCUGUUCCCUGCCCUGAUUACUUACCUGGGUGGACCGAAGAGAGCUCAGGAAGGGUCCACAGACACUGUUUGGCUGGAGGGAUUUGGCAGACGCUGGAGAACUCCACAGUUAUUUGGCAGGAUGACUCUGAAUGCUCCGAAAAACACAACUUCAAAGAAGAUGAGAAACGUCGGGACUUGCUGUCAACCCUGCAGCUGCUGUACACCGUGGGGUAUUCCCUUUCACUGGUCUCUCUCUGUCUGGCUCUCACCCUCCUCUUGCUUUUUCGAAAACUCCACUGCACACGCAACUAUAUCCACAUGAACUUGUUUGCAUCUUUCAUCCUGAGAGCCCUGGCUGUGCUGAUGAAGGAUGUUGUCAUCCAUAAAUCUUACUCCAAGAGACCCAACCAUGUGGAUGGGUGGAUGUCCUAUAUGCCAGAGAUGGCCACCUCCUGCCGUGCUUUGUAUGUGCUCCAGCACUACUUCGUGGGUACCAAUUACUCGUGGCUGCUGGUCGAAGGCCUUUAUCUCAACUCACUGCUAGAACCCACACUGCUUUCUGAAAGGUGGCUGUGGCCCAGAUACCUGCUGCUGGGUUGGGCCUUCCCAGGGCUCUAUGUUGUACCAUGGAGUAUCGCCCGUUCAUUUCUGGAGGACACAGGCUGCUGGGGAACCAAUGGAAAUAUGAAAAUCUGGUGGAUCAUUCGAGGACCCCUGAUGCUUUGUGUAGCAGUCAAUCUAUUUAUCUUCAUGAAAAUUCUCAAACUUGUGAUUUCUAAGCUCAAAGCCCACCAAAUGGGCUUCGGCGAUUACAAAUGUAGGUUGGCAAAAUCAGCUCUGGUGCUCAUUCCUUUACUGGGUGUCCAUGAAUUGGCCUUCACUUUCAUCCUUGAUGAUUACACCUUUGGAAUUUCAAGACAUCUACGGCUCUUCUUUCAGUUGACUCUGAGCUCCUUCCACGGAUUCCUUGUGGCCCUGCUGUACUGCUUUGCCAACGGAGAGGUAAAAGCUGAGUUGUGGAAACAUUGGGCCCGCCCCUCGGGCUUUAGAGCCUGGCUUCUGGAGAAGCACUUCCAAUUCCUGGGCAAAUGUCCCAAGAGGCUUUCCAAGGGAGACGGCACUGAAACCCUUCAGAAGCUCCGGCCCUUGCCUGGCAUCGGCCCCCUCCUGCUGAUGACCGUUCAGGGGCCUGGAGGUCGGGGCGCCAGGCCUCCUCGGGGCCACAGCCUGUCUGAGAGCAGUGAGGGCGACUUCACCCUGGCCCACACCAUGGAGGAGAUCCUGGAGGAGAGUGAGAUCUAGACUGGAGGUUGUCCCCUGACUCUGCUCCCUGGGAAGCCUCUGGAGAGCCCUGGGGGAGGAAGAGGCUAACCCAGGUAGAAGCUCAAGC